UUUUAUUAUUCACAGUUAUAAAACCGAACUUAAACUCCGCACUAAUAAAAUCAAGUAACAUCCCAAAAUUACAAAAAUAUACAUUGUUUAAUUAUUAAUUCACUUCUCUGCACCUUUUACUUCUCUUUAUAUAACAAAUCGAAGCCAAACCUUAGCACUCACAAAUCCAUCUCCAACCAAGAAACUAAACUCAUCCGAGAUGGGUUCUUCUUUGUUCUUCCUUGCCCUCUUUGCUCUCUCAGCCGUUGCUAAGGCUGACACCUCCUCCGGCCUCACGAUGAACUUCUACAAAGAAUCCUGCCCUCAAGCAGAGGACAUAAUCCGCGAGCAAGUCAAACUCCUCUACAAGCGCCACAAGAACACCGCUUUUUCCUGGAUCAGAAACAUCUUCCAUGACUGCGCCGUCCAGUCUUGCGACGCUUCUCUGCUUCUUGACUCAACUAGAAAGACUCUCUCCGAGAAGGAGACAGACAGAAGCUUUGGCAUGAGGAACUUCAGGUACUUGGAAGAAAUCAAGGAUGCGGUGGAGAGAGAGUGUCCUGGAGUUGUCUCCUGCGCUGAUAUCUUAGUUCUUUCAGCCAGAGAUGGGAUCGUUGCGGCUGGAGGACCAACCAUUGCUUUGAAGACGGGGAGGAGGGAUGGGAGGAAGAGCAGGGCGGAGGUGGUGGAGAAGUUCCUGCCUGAUCACAACGAGAGCAUCUCUUCUGUCUUGGAGAAGUUUGGAGCCAUGGGAAUUGACAUUGCUGGCGUUGUUGCUCUUCUUGGUGCACACAGUGUGGGUAGAACACACUGCGUGAAACUAGUUCACAGGCUGUAUCCUGAGGUCGACCCGGCCUUGAACCCGGACCAUGUCCCUCACAUGUUGAAGAAGUGCUACGACCCGAUCCCAGACCCAAAGGCCGUCCAAUACGUGCGAAACGACCGUGGAACUCCCAUGAAGCUGGACAACAACUACUACCGCAAUAUAUUGGACAACAAGGGUCUGCUCAUGGUGGAUCAUGAGUUGGCCCAUGACCCACGAACCCGACCCUAUGUGAAGAAGAUGGCGAAGAGUCAGGAUUACUUCUUCGAACACUUCGCUCGGGCUAUCACUCUUCUCUCUGAAAACAAUCCGCUCACCGGCGAAAAUGGUGAGAUUCGCCGCCACUGCAAUCUUUCCAACAAAAACCACUAUGAUGAGUAAUUAGUUCAUUGGCUUGUUAUAAACUAUAUGUGGCUUGCUCUUUGGUGAGCUAAAUGGUCUUGUUUGUGGCGUUGGUGAUUUUAUAACUGUACUUGUUCUUAGUGUAUCUUUAAGGCUCUUUUAUUAAGUGUUAUGUUGUGCUGAGUUGCUAUUUUCGUAUAAAUGUAUGAAUUGUGUGUUGAUGAUCAUAAAUAAGUGAAGCAUAGAAGUUUUUAUA